CCAUACAAUAUGGCGUCGACGGUAGGAGUUGCCUGGGGGUCAGCAGUUCCUUGGUUAGCAUAAACAUGUAGUUGUGGAAAUGGAGGUGACCCUCCAAAAGACAUGGAAGAUAAAAAACAUCACAGGAUUCGAGUGGAAAAGGAUAAUGCAACGACCGUUAAGGGCAACAUAGAAAAGAUCAACGACUUGUUCUCUGUACGCCUGACCGAAACACCUGCUGAUGACGACGAACCCAGAGAUUAUGUUUAUUUCAAAUUGGAGAAAGAGGGCGAACAGCUGCUUGACAUUUCCGAUGUAAACAAAAUUAAGAAAUACAUCGAAUCAUUAUCAAGUAAUGGAAGAAUUGUCAAAGAAAAAGAAGCCGGUGGUGAAGAUUCCAGCUACGACUCGGAUUAUGAAGGGGACGAGGGUGCUGUGGGCACAGGCGGUCACCCGGACGUAUCACGUACCACCUCAGAUACCUUAGCGGCCGAAUUCGAUGAAUAUGUAUCGACAGACCAUGGCUAUACAGCAAAGUUAGAGUUCGCACUUAAACUCGGAUAUACAGAAAGCCAUGUGCAAGCUGCGCUGCAGAAAUUAGGGCCGAAUCCGGGUCAAAAUGAACUGCUUGCUGAGCUUAUUAAAAUUGGAGCUCAUGCACCGCCAUUGGGCUGUGAUGGAAGUUCAGAAUGGGACGAUGAAGAAAUUUCCAACCCUGAGUCUCACAUCCAGGAAGAUCUGAGCCUCAGGCCUGUCGUAAUUGAUGGCAGCAAUGUAGCAAUGAGUCACGGAAACAAAGAGGUAUUCUCUUGUCGAGGGAUUAAGUUAUGUGUCGACUGGUUUAAAGCACGAGGUCAUAAAGAAAUCACCGUCUUUGUACCAAAAUGGAGGAAAGAAGCUUCACGUCCAGACAACCCAAUAACUGAUCAAGAAGUUUUAUAUGAAUUGGAAAAAGAUAGACAGCUUGUGUUCACCCCUUCGAGAUUGGUCGGUGGGAAAAGAUUGAUUUGUUACGAUGACAGAUACAUUCUCAGGCUGGCUGCAGAGAACGGCGGCAUAGUCGUUUCAAACGACAAUUACCGGGACCUGGCCCAGGAAAGCCCCGAGUUCAGGAAAGUGAUCGAGGAACGCAUUCUCAUGUACUCUUUCGUCAACGACAGAUUUAUGCCGCCCGAUGAUCCUCUUGGCCGGGCGGGUCCUAAUUUGGACAAUUUUUUGCGAAUGAGGUCCACCGAACCGCCGCCUCCUUGUCCUUAUGCGAAGAAGUGCACUUACGGAAGCAAGUGUAAAUUCCAGCAUCCAGAAAGAGGAGCCCUUCCACAUAAAACGGUAACGGAAAGGCUAGUUGAGCAUGCCCAGCGACAGCUUCAAGCAAGAGGCAUUGAAGCAAGCCCAGGUAAACAAUUGAAAGGGAAGUCUCUCAGUUUACCACUUCAGUCCAGCGACACAGAGACUAAACAGAUUAGAAAGACACCGCUCUCCAGAACAAAAUCCAACAUUGUGCAAGGUAGUGCUGAAAAAGAACUGAUGGAGAAUUGUUAUCGAGUUGCUCCAUCGCAGCCGAACUACAUGCAAGGGCAGAACCUUCAUAAAAAGCUACAACGUCAAUUGACGUUAAACCCGACCUGCGAUCCACGACUGUAUGAUCUUAGAAGGGGAGUUACAAGGCACCUGAGCUGUGAUUCUUACAAUCAGCACAGCGGGCACAGCAGCGUGACUAGGAUUUCAUCAGCUCCUCCGCCUCAUCAGGGCAGCCCUCCGAUCGGCCUGCAAGCGUCCCUCUGUUCCACGAGCGAACCGCAAUUGCACGCCUGGGCAGUGCCUGUACUGACACCGUUAGCCCCUGUAACUACCGAAGAGGCAAGACGAAGACUCCAUUACCAUUUGGCAUCAAUUUUCCCCGAAGAACAAGUAAGAGCUGCGUUGAGUUUAUAUCCGAAUGAGACGAACCCGCAGAAAAUUUGUGCUGCCAUUUUGACCCUUUUCCCCUCAAAGCAAUGACAAUUUCUUUCACAGUUUAUUCAGUCUUUCAUAUUUAUUACUAUCGCAUAAACAUUUUGUAUUGACUCUUGUAAUUAAUUAUUGUUAAUUACAUUGUAGGAUUUUACAAUAUUAUAAAUAUUUCCAAACAUUCCAGUGUUAGAUACUUCUAAUUUCUGGACUCCAUAAAACAUUUUUAACUAACUUUUCCAAAGAUCCCUGGUAACAUUUAAAAUUUUAUACAAUCUAGGGAACAAUAUUUUACCAGUUUUUGUUUUUUUGGUUUUUUAAAAUCAGUUCCUCUGUACAUAACACAAUCAAAUAUCUGUUUUCAAAAUAUGUUCUAAUUAAUUUUUUUCUGUUCUGAACAAAUGUUUGGCUAUUUUGUUUUCUGUAAAAUUCUCCAGAUUUUGCAAAUUUUUUUAAACCGAUUAUUGUUUUUAAAUCUCUUUAAUGAAAAAGUAAGAAUGUCCUUUCUUAAUGUUAAAGAGCCAAACAUCUUCAUAUUGAAGAAUAUUGUGUUAAUAAAUGGAAAUUGUUAUAUUAAAAUCCUUCAUUUGUCCAAGGAUAACAUGUAUCAAAUUGUAUAUUUUUAAGUGUGGUUGUUAUAUUUUUAAAAUCUUUUUGUAUAGAUAAAAUCGUCCCAAAUAUAAAA